AUGGUCCUGGUGGAACUGGAUAAAGUUUUUUUAUACCGCAUAUUAGUAGCUGUUGUGAGACAUAGAGGGUUUAUUGCUUUGGCAACUGCAAGUUCUAGCGUUGCAGCAUCACUUCUUCCUGGAGGUCGAACUACCCACUCCCGCUUUAAAUUACCUAUAGAUAUUGAUGGAAAUUUCAGGUGCAAUAUAAGUAAACAAAGUUCAAUGGCAUCUUUGAUUCGUGAUGCAAAACUAAUAGUGUGGGAUGAAAUCUCAAUGGCAAAAAAGAAAAUGGUUGACGCUUUAGAUUUGCUUCUAAAAGAUUUAAUGGAGACAAAUAUGCUCUUUGGUGGAAAAGUAUUUGUAUUCAGUGGUGAUUUUAGACAAACUCUACAUGUCGUCCGCAGUGGAAAAAGAGAAGAUUUUAUCCGUGAAAGCUUAUUGUGCUCUGAAAUUUGGAAUUAA